AGAGAUCCUCUUUUGCCCUUGAGCUGUCCUGUUCAACUGAGCGUAGAUUUGCCAGACUCACUCCCCAGGACGGAGCCGAGGAGAUUCAAGCAUGCAGGAUGAGGAUGGCUACACCAUUUUACCACCCUACGUACGGCUCAACCCGUGUCACCCUGCAGCCUCCGACAAAGGACAGAGCUGCCUAGAUUCAAGAAUGGAAGAUGAGGAUGGCUACACCAUCUUAAAUCCCCGCACCCGCGCCUUCGCUCGGGACCCCGCGGCCUCAGACAAAGGUCUUCCAGCUGUGUCUCCUCGCUGGCGUCCUGCUGCAGUGACUCUUGGUAUCGUCUGCCUGGGCCUUCUUGGAGCCACCGGGAUCUUGGCCUUUCAGGUAGUGAGACCAGUGAACUGCCACUGUUCAUCAGAAAUGCCAAAGGAACAUUUUCAACCAUCCAAGUCUCCUCCAGUCUGGAAAUGGGACUCUACAAACAUCCCAGAAACCACAAUCACGAUACUAGGUCCCAGACCCAGAAUUUGCCCACUGAGGUGGAUUAGACACGGCGAUUCUUGCUAUCUCCUCCGUUCUACCCUAGACAACUGGAGUAGGAGUAAAAGAUUUUGUGUUUCUCAGAAUUCCCAACUCCUGCAGAUCGAUAACCAAGCAGAGCUAGACUUUAUAAAACACCUCACGUCCAACGAAUCUCAGACGUCUGUCUGGAUAGGCCUGUCUUCCCGCAGUGAUGGUUCCUGGAUCUGGGGGGAUGGCUCCGCUUUCUCUCCUGACCUGUUUGACAUAAGGCAGACAAAUAUUUUGAAUGGUUGCGCCUGGAUACACGAGAAUCUCAUUUUCAACGCACUGUGUAAUUCCUUGGCCUACUGCAUCUGUGAGAAAAAGGUGCACAGUUCCACAUAAUCAAGGAGGCAAGAGACAAAUCCAUUCCAGACGCUUCCUGCAGGAAAACAUCCUUGAAAAAGAAUGUAGUCUGUGCUGAGACUUUGAAGCAGAGGUUGCACCCCUCGUCUAGAGGACUGUGGCUCCCAAAGGGGAGAGGAGAAAAGUUUUGUUAAUGGAACCUUGACCAUCAAAUCUGGGAAAUUCCACCACUUACUUCGUCUGUGAUCUUCCUACAGAAGCCUCCGAGCUUCUGAUCUUCUGUUUCCUCAUCCGGCUAAGAAGCAUACUAAUGGGUCUGGAUUUAUCUCACAGCAAUAUUGUAAAGCAGAGCAAGGAAAUAUCGGAAAAGUGUCCUGAGUCCCCAGGAGGCAGGAGCGAUGGUAGUGGUGAUGAUGAUGGCGGUGAUUGUAAUUAUGAUCCUGUGACCCUCUGUAUUUAGAAUUCAGGGUUUCCAUGUCGAAUCUGUAAACUCCCAAGUCUUCCUGAGAGAGCUUUCUUUUACAAUGAAAAGAUCUGCUCAAACGCAAAUGUAAAUAAAUGAGCCUAGAGAUAUGAAGACUACAAAUCAGCCUUUCUCCUCCUACUUAUCUACUCUUUUCUCCCACAGUCAUCCCAGAAUCUCCAUUUCUCUCAAGCCAAUCUACUCACCCUGUAUCAUUUUCAUCUUUCCUGCCACUGACCCCUUGCUGAUAUCUUCUUCCCUGUUGGAAUCGCACCUCUCUCCUUCCUUCUUCUCUCACAACACUUCACAUUCAACAGAUCACUGCUUUCCCCAUCUUCCAUGUCCUUCUGAAAUUCUUUCUCUGAUUACUCUCACAACUCCCCACCCUAAUUUCCUCCCUACAGGUAUGUCAACACUUUUGCAUCACCAAAUUGCUUCAGGUACCACAACUCCCCAUCUUAUAUUUACUCUAUUACUCCCCUAUCUCUAAUUAUUUAAGUGCCUGUCUCCUGCAUUAGACUGGUAGUUUCCCAGGGCAGGAUCGCAUUUUAUAACUCUUCUGUAGUCUCCCAAGAAUUGAGUACAGUGCUCUACCCAGAGUAGUUGCUCAAUGAAUACUAUUGAUCGAUUGAUUGAUAGGUAACUCAAGGUCCAUCCUAAAGACAAAUAAACUAAUACCAUGAGAAAUA